AUGUCUCACUACGUGACCACCCACAAUGACAAGGGCGAAGCAACAUUCUCCGACAAGGUUCCCGCUUCACCAACACAACUGCCCCUGCCCGGCGGCAGCAUGAACAUCCUGUUCACGACCCACACGACCCCUACCCCCGUACACAAUGACUCCUCCAUCGACCAAUACACCCACGACCGCACCAACGGCCUAGGCAACGCCAUCUGCCCACCGAACGGCACCGCGGCCGCCAUCGUGUCUCUGCAGCCCGAUUCCGAGUUCCCGUGGCACAGGACCAUGACGCUGGAUGUGGUGUAUGUGCUUGAAGGGACGCUGGAGCUGCAUUUGGAUUCCGGGGAGAAGCGGGUGUUGAAGCAGGGCGAUAGUGUGAUUCAGAGGGCGGGGAUGCAUAAGUGGGUUAACAUCACCGAAAAUGGGGGUUGGGCGAGGACGUUGGGGUUUGCGCAGCCAGUCGUGGAGCCGGCGGUUGUUGGGGGAAAGGAGUUAAAGGGAGAGUUUAUUAUGGGGUGA